CAGUUUUCCGCAAUUAGAGAUAGUAUACUAAUGUUUUUCUUCAAAACCCUAACAUAAAUAUUCAAUGUGAAGGGAAGCUUGAUUUAUAUAUUUCCACAUUAAAAUUGGCUGCAUAUUCUCCUUUUAUUGUUUUUUCUAAAGAAAGUUUACAUUUGCAGUGUACUCGAAUUUGCUCGGCGACAUUAUUUUGCUUUUUCAUGGCUGCCACUUCAUUUAUUCAUCAAUUUUUACUCUCUUCUUCAGUACUCAGAAACACCAACACCUUUCAGUCUCAUAAAACUAUCCAUUUCAAUCCAAUAAUACACAUACUUAAAAAUUUCAAUACCCCAAAAAUGCUUCAAUGUUCGUCUACCUCUUCUUCAUCUGGUAUUACAACGAAUUCUCAAAAGAACAAAGAUAAAGAGGCAAAAUUACGGGGAGGAAGAUUUAAAGAAAGUGUUACUGAGAUUGUUGAAAAGUUUACUGAGUCGAUCUCGUUUGAUAAAGCCCUUUACAAACAGGACAUUAUGGGUAGCCGUGUUCAUGCUACCAUGCUUGCUGACCAGGGAUUAAUCAGUGUACAAGAUAGAGAUAGUAUUCUCCAAGGUCUUGAUGAGAUAGAGAGGCGUAUAGAGGCAGGUGAAUUUGUAUGGAGGAGUGAUCGGGAGGAUGUUCAUAUGAACAUUGAAGCAACACUUACUGAUCUUGUUGGUGAGCCUGCUAAGAAGCUUCACACUGCACGAAGCCGAAAUGAUCAAGUUGUUACUGAUUUUCGUUUGUGGUGUCGAGAUGCCAUUGAAGAUAUCCUCAAGAAGAUCAAAAAGCUUCAGGUUGCACUGGUUACCUUGGCUUUAAAGAAUGAAGGUACUAUUGUUCCCGGCUACACACAUUUGCAAAGGGCGCAACCUAUUUUGCUGGAACAUCUACUUCUAGCUUAUGUUGAGCAGCUUGAUCGAGAUGCUGGUCGUCUCACUGAUUGCAGAGUUAGGUUGAAUUACUGUCCGUUGGGUGCGUGUGCGUUGGCAGGCACCGGCCUACCAAUUGAUAGAAUUAUGACUUCUGAUGCCUUAGGAUUCACUGCUCCCUUGAGAAACAGCAUAGAUGCUGUCUCCGAUAGAGACUUCUUGCUGGAGUUCCUUUCAGCAAACUCUAUCACAGCCAUUCAUCUUUCUCGGCUUGGUGAAGAGUGGGUGUUAUGGGCUUCUGAAGAAUUUGGAUUCUUGACCCCGAAUGAUUCGGUUUCAACUGGAAGUAGUAUAAUGCCGCAAAAGAAAAACCCAGAUCCCAUGGAACUUGUCCGUGGAAAAUGUGCACGAGUUGUAGGCGACUUAGUCACUCUUCUUGUACUAUGCAAAGGUCUUCCCCAAGCUUAUAACCGUGAUCUUCAGGAAGACAAGGAGCCUGUAUUUGACAGCGUGAAGACUAUCGUAGGGAUGCUAGAGGUAUGUUCUGAGUUUGCACAAAACGUUACCUUCAACAAAGAUAGAAUCCAGAACUCUCUGCCAGCCGGUCAUCUUGACGCUACAACAGUUGCAGAUUAUCUUGUAAAGAAGGGGGUACCAUUCAGAACUAGUCAUGACAUUGUAGGAAGAUCGGUUGCGCUGUGUGUCGCCAAGGGUUGUCAGCUUCAAGAUCUAACGCUUGAUGAACUCAGGGGUAUUAGUCCAGUUUUUAGCGAGGAUGUGUACGAUUAUCUUGGCGUAGAGAAUUCCAUCAAGAAGUUUUGUUCAUAUGGUUCAACAGGUUCAGAAUGCGUGUCGAGUCAACUGGAUUUUUGGGCUGCUCAACUUGAGAUAGACAGGAGUGCAUACAAUCACAAGUGAUCUUUAUGAAUUUAAAUUCCUACCAAUUUCUGUUCAAUUAGUGCAAUUUUUUUGGUUCUGCUAAACUUUUGCUACUCCUAAAGACCCUAUAUGGGCUGUGUGCCUCUAUCACAAAUAAUGUAGCAAUCCUAUUGUUAAUCCUGUUAGACUUUGUUCUGUUUUAAGUUUUUCAAUUUCAAUUAAUCUUUUAGGUUGCCACUA